UCCUCUAGUGAUAUAACUCAUUGACCAGAACAAGCAACUGAUUCAACAUGGCGGCAGAUAGUAGCAGUAGCGACGACGAAGAGCUGAAAAAAUGUAGGGAAGCAGUCUGGGACACGCAUAUUCACAAAGCGAAGGAUGCGGACAGCAAUGAGAAAGAGUCAAAGCGUGUUGUUGUCGCGGGGCAUGAUCAUGAUGCCAAAAAUGAGCUCCAAGUCACCCAAGGGUUUCAAAAACACGUGGCUAAAAAACUGGGACAUUAUCUCGACAGUUGCCUUUCAGAGACGCGGUCUAAAACUUCAAACUAUCUGACAUUAACAAACUGCGAAGAUGGUGAUGAUGACGGAGGGUUUCGUCUAUUUUCAACAUCUAUCCCAGGACAGAAAGUUACCGAGCUUCCAUCUACUGUGAGGCGGCGACCCAUCCCAAGUUCAAGUGACAGCGACAGUGAGAUGGAAAUGAGGUUGAGGGAGACAGCUGUGUCUGUGGAGGAUCUUGUACCCGCAUCCGCUCUCCUGUCUUCCUUAACAGAGCCUGUAGGCCUGGAAAAAAUAAAGAAAAAUGCAGCUAAACGAGAAGAGAAUCCCAAGAAAAAGAAGAAAAGGAAAGACUAAAUAAUUAAGAGACUGAACAAAAUUCCGCUUGUAAUUCCAAAGCAGUUGGAGUGCAGUGUGAACUCACUCCUGUCAAGGUAAAAAGAAAAUCGGAAAGACAAAGCUAAACAUGUAUUUAUAUUUUUAAAUAACUAUCCACUGCUUUGGGAUGUAUUUUUUGUUACAGACGUAGUCUUAAGGUGAUUGAACUUUAUAACGUCUUAUACAGAAAACGUUUAGAAUCCAAUGGGCUGCUGUUUUUAUCACAUUGUUCUUUUCUACAUGUAAAGUUAUUUUUAUGAUUGAAAAUAAAACAAACAAACAUUGUUGUCAGGUUUUACUUAA